AUGUCAGAAAGUCAUUCAGGCCAGGUUGGAUCUGGAGUAGGAAAUGAGAUGGACUCUCCUGUCAAAAUCAAGUACUCCAGCUUCAGAGAUUUUUGUUCCACAUUUUCAUUUCAAGAUACUGACUACAGUGAGUUUUUAAAACCUUGCAGCUUUGAUAAAGAUAAAGAAUUUUGGGUAAAGAAGCAUGAAGACCCAACAUUAAACUAUGAAAUUUUUGAAACAAGUCUGGACUUAAUAAAUCCUUUAGAAACCCCUACUAAAAAAAAGAGAAUUGUCUUCUUUAAGAAGAAAUCGGCCAUACCCCCAGACUUUUGUGAAACUCCUAAACUCAAUGGAAAACGUUUACGGUGGCCCAGAAGGCUGGAUGAUUCUUUCUCUCCUCUAGAAAGAAGUUUUGAAUCACAAGAUAGUUCUAUAGAAAGUUGUUUAAGCGAGGUUCUCAACUUUGAAACAGAUAUUCCAAGCAGUGCUUCAGAUUUUCCAAAGCAAAAUAAUUUUAGUGCUUUAGUUACUAGUACUUCGAAAACAGAAGAAGGGACUUCAAGCCCUCAAAAAUUGAGACUUAAUUUUUCACAACAGAAGACUUCCACAGUUGAUGACUCCAAAGAUGAUUGUAGCCUAUUUGAAGUUGAAUGUAUAUCACCAAUUCAGGGCAAUAAUUUUAAAGACUCUAUCACCCAUGACUUUAGUGAUAGUAGUAGCUCAUGUAUUAACGAUGAGAAUACAUUUCCUGAACUUCUGGGCUCCUCUAGUAGUGGAACAACUUGUGAAACAGAUGAGGACAUAUUUGUGACUCCAAAAAAUAGCCCUGUUGUAAACAUUAAAUUUAAGGCAAGUCAAAGGCUUUUUCCUCAAGUGAGAAGCAAUAUUUCAACACCUGAAGACAGUGGUUUUUACUCACUUUUCUUUGAUAAAUCAGAUUCCCUUUCUGACCAGGAGAGUUCUUUUCAAAAACGACUUCAGAAACAUAAGGGAACUCUUAAAGUGGAGGACACCAUAAGAAGGUCGAGGCGCCUUGGGAGGUUGAGAAGACUGUCUACCCUUCGGGAACAAGGCUCACAGUCUGAGACAGAAGAGGAAAGCCAGAUCACCCACUUUGAAUCUGAAACAACACCAGCAGCUUCUUCAGACAUCUCAGAGAGUCAGCCUAGCAGUGAUAGUCAGAGUGAGGAACUGAGUUUAGGCUUUAAUAAUUUAUCGAAUACCCCAGCCUUGCAGUUAGUGCAUGAGCUCUUUAUGAAAAACAAAAGGAAAAGAUUCCAGCAAAGUGGUACAUGUGAAUUCUUAGAAGAUAGGGAUGAGGCAAAAAUAGCUGUACUGCAGUGUGUACUUGAAGGACUGAUUGGCAAGAAAAUGGGUAUAGAAAAACUAGACAUCUUAACAGAAUUAAAAUAUAGAAAUCUAAAGCAUAUUCUUGCAGUUGUUUUAGAUUCCUUGUCUGCAGAAAGCCUAUGCAGUGUUUGGAACGUGAGCAAAAAUUGGCGUGAAAUUAUUGUUCAAAAUAAAAAAGCAAAUCAGAGGAGGAGAUUUUAUCUCACACAACUGAAAACACAUGCUAAGGUCCCUGAUUUCAUCUCCUAUUAUCCACCAGAACUGGAAAUCUCUUCUCUGCAAGUCCAAACAUAUCAGCAGGCUAUAUUAAAUGUUCAGGAUGCUGCCACUCGGUUUCAGCUUUCAAAUCGUUCAGCUUUAAGUUCUGUACAAGCUCAGGCUAGAACACCAAAUUCUGAGAAAGAACAGGUUUCAACAUUUUCUCCUUGGGGAGAAGUUUUGACACCUAUAGCAAGCUCUUCAAUUAAUGACUCACAUAGUAAACAGGAAGAAUAUGUUAGGGUUGCCAAAACACUUUUUAUUGAUGAAGCAUUAAAACCUUGCCCGAGGUGCCAAUCCCCUGCUAAGUACCAGCCAUAUAAGAAAAGGGGCCUAUGUAGCCGCACAGCCUGUGGUUUUGACUUUUGUGUGUUAUGUUUGUGUGCUUACCAUGGGUCUGCAGAAUGUAGUAGACGAGCAGCAAAGCCAAGAAACAGAAAAGAUCCUCUUCCAGGAAGUGCCCAGAGUAAGCGGAAUUUAAAACGCCUCUAA